CCGUCGCUCAGUCGUCGUUGGUUUGCCAAAAAGAAUAGUACCUUUGCCUCUAUCGCUCACCCACUGAAUUCCCAAAGACUUCAGUUUGUUUACCGAAUCGAAUCGCCGGAGAGAGAUCAAGGCGGAAAAUAGUUUUCGUUUUUGGCCUGGAAUCCGAGGAAUUUGUUUAUUGCGGAGCGUAAAUUCUUGAUUAAGUGGCGCGCGCGAAUUCUUGAGCACAUAAACAUGCAGGAGUUAAUAGUCGGCGGAAUCGGAGGAAUCGUCUCAUAUGAUAAUGAGAAUGUCGAGAACGAAAAUCGCCAAAACAAGCUUAGUGCCUCCAAGACAGAAGAUCACACACCGUAUCCUGGCCUCUCCCGACUCACCCCCUCCCUGAUCCUUUGUGGAGCGGCGGCGGUGGUGCCCGCUUACAUGGACAAACUGGGCGUGAGCUGCGUCAUCAAUGUGGCCCCCGAACUGCCCGACACACCGCUGCCAAGUCAAAAGAGUCCGCUGUAUUUGCGGAUUCCAGUUCAGGAUCGUUCAGAGGCGGAUUUGUACAGGCAUUUCGAUGAGGUGGCCGAUCUGAUCGAGGAAGUGCGUCUCUCCGGUGGCUGCACCUUGAUUCACUGCGUGGCUGGGGUCAGUCGAUCGGCCAGCUUAUGCCUGGCCUACCUGAUGAAGCAUGCGGGGAUGAGUCUGCGCGAGGCCUACCAACAUGUCCAAUCGAUCCGGCCUCAAGUGCGACCGAAUUCCGGAUUCUUCCAGCAACUGCGGCGCUACGAGCAGGAAUCCAGAGGCAGCAGCUCGGUGGCCAUGGUGUACUUCGCAUCGCUGGACAAGGAGAUACCCGACAUUUUGGAGCCCGAGUAUCGGGCCAUGGAGGAUUUCUACCAGCGCUACCGCAGCUCCCUGAAGAAGCGAUAGAUCGCUAAGUCCACCACUCCACACACACUUAAUCUUACUUGUGAUACUCGUACCCUACUGCUAGACCUUAGAUUAGUUGUUAAUAUUCUAUGUGUGCUUAUAGAUAACCAUGAAAAUGCU